AUGUUCAAGCUUACUACCGCCGUGCUGAUCGGCUUGGCCGGUAGUGCCAACGCCUUCUGGCGCAUGGAGUGCCCUGGCCGUCUCAAUGUUGCCCGUAUUGAUCCCAUCGUUAACCCCAAGGAUGUCUCUGCUCACGCUCACUCCCUCCACGGCUCUUCUGGCCUCUCCGCCUCUGCCGACGGUUCUGCUCUCAAGGCCGGUAAAUGCACGUCUUGCCGCGUCGAGCAGGACAAGUCCGCCUACUGGACACCCUCCCUGUACUUUCAGGAUUCCGACACAGGCAAGUUUGAGCUCGUCACCCAGGUCGGUGGUAUGCUCGCCUACUACCUUCUCAACGGAGAAAACAUCAAGGCUUUCCCCGACGACUUCCGCAUGAUUGCUGGCUCCAAUGCCCGCCGCGCUUACACCGCUGGAAACCCAGAGCAGGCUGAUCCCGACAAGUCUCUCUGGCACUCCAUGGGCGAGCCCAAGCAACACAUACUCGAGCAGCGCGCCCUCGGCUUUAACUGCCUCAACUACGACAAGCAAGCCGAGGGCACCCUCUACCGCCAUAAAAUGCCCGACAAGGCCUACCUCGAUGCCAAUUGCAAGGACGGUAUCCGUCUGGAGAUCAUGUUCCCCUCAUGCUGGAACGGCAAGGAUACAGACGCCAAAGACCACAAGUCCCACAUGGCCUACCCCGACCUCGUCAUGACUGGUACCUGCCCAGAGGGUUACGAGACCCGCGUUCCCUCUCUCAUGUUUGAGACCAUCUGGUCUGUUAGUCCAUAUAAGGACCGCAACGGUCGCUUCGUCUUCUCCAACGGCGACACUGAGGGCUACGCUUACCAUGCUGACUUCAUGAUGGGUUGGGACCGCGAUUUCCUCCAGCAAGCCGUCGAGACUUGCGUCAACCCGUCUGGACGCAUUGAAGACUGCAAACUCUUCACAGUUGUCGACCAGGCAACCGCCACCUCUUGCAAGCUCGAGAACGCUCUACCCGAUAAGCUGGCUUCUGAGCUGCGGAAUAUUGAGGGCCCCAUGGAUAAGCUUCCCGGAAGCAUCGCCGUCUUUGGUGACGGCGGCAACCCGUCCGUACCUGAAACUAACAGCAUUGCAUCUACUCCCACCGAUACUGGCACCUCCCCGGAGCCUAUUCAGAGCUACACUCCUGGUAACACGCCCACGAACCCUGCCGAACCUCUCCCUGGUCAGGUCUUCAAGCAGGUUGACUCUGAGUCAAACUUGUCCUCCGCUCCCACUCCUACCGCUUCUACCAACCCCUCUGCCCCUGUUGCUGCCGCCGCUGCCGUCACUGAGGCCCCUACCACAUCGGCCGUCGAGCACAGCUACUACAGCACCGAGUACAUCACCAACGGCAACACUAUUAGCAAAAUACUCUGGACGCAGCAGCUCGUCACUGUCACAGAGACAGUCGAGGCUGUCCCCGCCCAGACCGUCGACGCUGCCAAGCGCCGUCGUGCCCAUCUCCACGCUCACGUCCGCCGGAGCUAA